AUGGAGCGCGACGACUUGCCAGAAGCGAUGUCCCGGCGCUCCACGGGCACGCCGCGGCCUUCUUCGCCAGCGCGAGCCACUCCGCCCAGGACGUUGGUGCUGGGUCGCGGCAAGCUGAUCGCCAGCCCGAGCAAGUCCACGCCUGGCGCAGGCAGCACGCCGACGCGGCGUAACACCACCACUACCACCACCAUCAACAACAACACAAACAAGAACAAGAAGCCUCUACACGACGAUGACAAGAAGAAGACUCAACACGAUGAAGAAGAGAACGAUGAAGAAGAACUGCAGGAGAAGGCCAAGGAAGAGAAGAUGAAGAAGAAGAAGAAGAAGAGAGGAGGAAAGGAAGAGGCGGAGGUGGAGAAGGAGAAGACGACGACGACCCAGACGCAGAAGACGAAGAAGCGGAAACGAGAGGCCGAGAAGCGAAGCCCGCCGAAGAGCAAGCGAAAAGGGAGGCACUUGGCCAGGGAAGAGGAAGGCAGCGACGAUGACGAGCUGUCGCGGGAGGACAGCUUCGACUUGAACGACUUUAUGGAGGACCUCGACAGCACCAUGGUGGAGGAGGAAGAGGAGCCACACACCUCGUCGACCACCACAAGUGGGCGGGCGCUGACGGAGGAGGAUGACUUUCUAUUGGCGUCGGCGUUCGCCGCCGCUAUCGAACCGAAACCGGUGAGCAGCCGGAGGUCAGCAGAGGGUAAGUGGAGUGUGAACAAGCUGUUGGCCGACCUCGUCGAAAACCAGGACGCUGACGCCGACGCCGAAACGGGCAACGGCUACGACGAGGAGACUCUGGCCUUCAUCCAGCAGGAGACCGCCCUGCGCCAGCAGAGGACGCAAGGAACGAGCGACAAGUUCGACAGGCAAGAGCGCCGGUUGGACGUGUUUCCGCACUGGCCGUGGAAAUUGCCCGCGACCGAACCUCCGAGUGCCCUCGAUCCUGAUGUGCUCCUCCCGAGUAUGAUCGACGAGGACACGUGGCCUCUUUUUCUGGGAAGCGGCGAAUGCCUGCGGUUCGUCAAGACCACCCGCGACGUGCCCGAGUCCUUCCUGCGAUGGCUCUUCCACAUCACCGCCCUCGAAACGGCCAACGAACACAUCGUCUGGGCCGCCGGCAAAGCCCUCAAGGCAACCGCCACUAAACGAACAGCAGCACGGAGCCUUUGGGUGGCGUCGAUCCGCGACUUCGAGGACGUCCUGCGGUGGUACGGCGCUGCCGAUGUUUUCAGCAGCGCCGCGCGGCUCGACACCGACGCCUCAGUCUCCUCCGGGGCAGCGACCGCACCCGACGCCGACGACGACUCGUCGUCACCGGAGGACCAUCGGUCGGCGGACUCGCCGGAGCGAUUCCCCGUCGCCAACCUUGAACGCGUCCUCGACUACAUGGCCCGGGCCAUCCGCCACCGACCGGGCGAGUAUCUGGAGCAUGACGUGGUGGCAAUGCUGCGAUGGGUGGGGGUGCUGCUCCAGGACCGUCGCGUGGGGUCGCGCUGCUACGCCUCCCUCCGCGCGUGCCUCUGCGCCAUCUUCGACCACCCCGUCUUCUCCCCCGCCGACCCCCUCCUCUUCCAGGAGGUGGAGCUCCGGCGGGUGAUGACGGAGCUGCUGGUGACGGGCCACGGCGGCCACGUGCCCAACCAGGCGGUCGUGCUGUCGCUCCUCCCGACCGCCGCCUCGCCGCGGGUCCUGCAGCUCCGCAAGCGGAUGGCCCUCGCCCUGCUCGAGGACCACUUCGGAGCCACCGCGGCCGUCGUGGUCUCGGUGCUCGCCAACGAGUCGGUACCGGCCGUGGCCGGAGGCGAUGGCGGCGAUGGCGGCGGCGGGCUCGAGGAGGGGGAGGCGGAGGCCCGCGCGCGGGACGAGGCGAGCCUGGACCGCAUGUCUGCGAUGCUGGCGGGCGUCGAGAUCGGGGCGGACACCGACUACGCCCUCCUGUCGUGCAUGAUCGACUUCAUCGACUUUGCCGCCAUCGCCAUGCGGCUCACAGUGGCCCUCAAGGCCCUCAACGCGCGCAUCCGAGAGAUACACGGGUUCAACCUCGCCAUCACACGCGUCAAGGACAAGCUGAUCGUCUUGUCGGGCAAGCUGGACCAGCUCAAGCGACUCAAGGGGAGCAGCGCACCCAGCCCCAGCCUCCGCUCCUUCCUCACCUGUGACUCGCCGUAG